GAGACAGAGAGAGACCAGUAAUAGUACUAUUUUUUUUUUCCUGUAUAAUUCCCUUUCAUUUCCCCUGUUGCGACAGAGGAUUCUCGAACAUCAAUAACACCACUUGUAACAAACAUACCUUUCUCUCUUUUCUCCGUAAGAUCUGAUAUUGAGGAUUCUGUCUGCACGAUAGCCUCAUGACUUCUUCCGUGCAUGAUCAUUCAGGGAUACAUGGGAUUCUUUUUUUUCCCACACAAGUACUUGGAUAAGCUUUAUAUAUUUCUCUUAGUAUAGCAGAAUCCUGGCAAUCGUGGGGCUAAUACAUGUUUUAAGGACUUUCAGGUUUCUUAACUAAGCAAAGGAUUAUUGCACCUACCAAAUUUUGUGGGAAAUCUGUAUUCUCUUGUGGAGGGAAUGUUCUACUAAUGGUCAAAAAAUCGGGCCAUAAUAGUGAUGCUAAUGAGCAGCAGCAGAAACUCUCGGAAACCCAAAAUCAGUCAUCACCACCUGCAACUGCGAUGGUGCACCCUGGGAUCUCAACCCCAAAUGCUCAUUAUACAACAAGUCGGCAACUUGGUUCUGGGCACGCUAUGGCAGCAGGAGGAGCAGCAGCUUACCCAUACCCGGAUCCCUAUUAUAGAAGCAUAUUUGCUCCCUAUGAUGCUCAGCCAUAUCCGCCACAGCCCUAUGGUGGACAACCAAUGGUCCAUCUUCAGUUAAUGGGAAUUCAGCAAGCUGGAGUCCCUUUGCCAUCGGAUACAGUUGAGGAACCUGUUUUUGUCAAUGCAAAACAAUAUCAUGGUAUUUUGAGACGUCGACAAUCCCGUGCAAAAGCUGAAUCAGAAAAUAAAGUCAUCAAGUCGCGUAAGCCAUACCUGCAUGAAUCUCGACAUCAGCAUGCAUUAAGAAGAGCUAGAGGAUUGGGGGGGAGGUUUCUCAAUGCCAAGAAAAAUCAGCAUCAAGAGCAGAAUGAAAUGGCAUCAGGUGACAAAUCACAAUCCAAUAUCAAUCUUAAUUCUGAUAAAAGUGAUAUUGUUUCCUCAGAUGGGAAGUCUUGAUACACUGGAAGCUGGUUGUACAUGCACUGCAUCCACAAAUGAGAUAGUUAAGGUGGCAUCCAGGGUAGUCAUCCCCCAAAGUCUGUAUUGCUCGACUCUGGCUCUUUACUUGUGAGUCAUUAGUAUGUAUAGCUUUUUCUAGCAGUGGGUUUGUAGUGAGGUUGCAAAGAUGAAGCAGGCAGUGUAAUUAAGGGGCAUGGAUAGUUGUCUUCGCAGCAGUGGAUUUAUUUGUAGUGUCACCUUUUCUUCAUGGGGGGAGUGAUGGUUACAUCUGGUGUGCAGUCAUUUUCUUUCUUUGAAGAACGUGGUUGAGCUAGAGCCUUUUCUAACAACAAAUUUGUAGCGAUGUUAAUUGGUCAGGUUAAGUUUGUGUCAUUAGCUUAGUGAAGAUUAGGUUGGCUGUUUCUAUUUAGUAUUAGCUUGUUCAUUACUUGUUGCUGUCAGCUUUCCUAAUAAGUUGGAUGGUUUGAUUCGAACUUUAAGUAUUGUGAAAUAGUUUGGCACGACAGCCAUGUUUGAGUUGCAUUGAAUAGCAUAAAGUUUGAAGUGAUGCACUCAAUACAGUGCAUCAUCCUUCCAUAA